GUUGUUAUUGUCAUAAUCAGCCUGUGGUUUCAGAGUGUGAGAGCAACACGGCAUUGCUUUUUGAAUCUCCAGCAGCAGAUGAACUCCGCCCAUUCCUGAUCUCACUGGAGAGGAGUCGUCCUCACUCGUCCUCACUCGUCCUCAGCGUCAGAUCAAGCCCAUAUAAAACAACGCACCCUCCCCUUCAGCAGCAACAGAUGACAAGGUCUCCCUGAGCCAGCAUCAUCUCCAAUAGGAAGAGAAGCACAGGUUUCUUCUCCCGUGGGACUUUAUCCUCUGAUGCUGUGUUCCUGAAUGAAUAAUAUUAAUAGACAACUGGCAAGCGCAGCCGCCAAACCUUCUAAAAGAGCACUGGCUGGAAAUAAUCAUCGACCCGACAACUCAUCCCGAUGGGUUGUCCUAACUUCACCGGUGGAAAUGAGACCUUGCCUGGCAGGCACCUGUAUGCUGUGCCAUUGACAAUCCUUGUGGGUAUCCUCAUCCUGCUAACUGUGUUUGGAAAUGUAAUGGUGGUAAUUGCCGUGAUGACGAGCCGAGCCCUGAGAGCCCCUCAGAACUUAUUUUUAGUCUCUCUGGCGUGUGCAGACAUUCUGGUUGCCACCUCGGUGAUGCCGUUCUCUUUAGCGAACGAACUGAUGGGUUACUGGUACUUUGGCAAAGUGUGGUGCGAAAUCCACCUGGCUUUGGACGUGCUCUUCUGCACCUCGUCCAUUGUCCACCUGUGUGCUAUCAGCCUGGACAGAUACUGGUCCGUCUCUCAAGCAAUCGAGUACAACUUGAGGAGGACGCCUCGCAGGAUUAAAUGCACGCUCUUGGUAGUUUGGGUACUGGCGGCGAUAAUUUCAUUCCCUCCGCUCAUCACCAUGAAAAAGGACGAGGGCAAGGAAGACAGCCCGAAAUGUCAAAUCAAUGAGGAGAAAUGGUACAUCUUAUUCUCCAGCACUGCCUCUUUCUUUGCGCCCUGUGUCAUCAUGAUUAUGGUGUACGUUCGAAUAUACCAGAUCGCCAAGAAAAGAGCAAGAGCCCAGCCGGGCGACAGGCAGAGAGAGUGUCGCAAUCCCGAAGACACAAAAUGUGGCUCGGACCCCCUGGAAAGAAAAGACAGAGGGGGGAGGGAGGCGGGAGGCCGAGAGAUCAAUGGGUUAGACGUUGAGGAGGAGCCUUCCUCGUCUGAUGGGAACGAAAGCGUCCUUUGUUCUCUGAGGAAGAGGAGGGGUGUACGAACAACCAAAGCGGCUGAGAAGAAGCCCGGAGGAACCCUUCCACAGCCCCGUGUGAGUGCGGCCAAGUGGAAAGGAAGGCAUCAGAGGGAGCGGCGCUUCACCUUUGUUCUGGCCGUGGUCAUGGGGGUGUUUGUUCUGUGCUGGUUCCCCUUUUUCUUUACAUACACGCUCACGGCUGUGUGUGACACCUGCUGUGUGCCGGAGACGUUGUUCAAAACGUUUUUCUGGCUCAGUUACUGCAAUAGCUCUCUAAAUCCUGUUAUAUACACUAUAUUCAACACUGAUUUCAGGAGGUCUUUUAAAAAGAUCCUUUUUAAAAGGGACAGAAGAGGUUAAUAACACAACUUCUAUGGAUGCAUUUCAUAUACAGCAAUGUGGCCAUCUAUAUUAGGCCCCUACCAACACUGUAAAUAUAACCCUAAAAAUGUAUUAAAAGAUAUUUAUAGAGUGUUUGAUGAAUGUGAAAUGUUAAAUGUAGCAUGUUUUGCCUCAGUGUUUUCAUAUUAGACAUUCGGUGAUGUAUGCAACAUUAAAUCAUGCAACAACGA